GGCAUGCUCAGAUCUGCUCGGUGAGUAAGAAGCCGCAAGGGGUGAGCACUAAAAUGAAAAGAGAAAGCCUUCAAGCUGUCCAAAAUCAAGUACAUAUGUGCCCCAUACAUACUAUACACGUAUAAUUAUUAUUCCUAUUCUGCAUUUAUUCUGUACUCCAUACACACCUUUCUGUUCUCUCCCAUACCGACCGCCCUUUCCUCUCAAUAUGGUCGAACUCAGAAAGCGCAAAGCAUCUGCACAGCCUAACAUCACGGGGACCAAAAAGAGAGGCAAGAAAGAAGAGAUACCUUCCUCAAGUCGCCAAACGGGAAAAACGAGCAAUACCACAAACGCUGAUUCACUUACUGGAGUUCCCAAUAUCGGUGACACUGUUAUUCUGGAUGGUUUCGGUGGCGAAAUUCAGACAAAUGAUGGCGCAAGAACGAAUCUCAAAGAGCUUGUAGCUACAAGCAAGUCUGGUGUUGUUCUAUUUACUUAUCCAAAAGCAUCAACCCCUGGUUGCACAAAGCAAGCGUGUAUGUUUCGCGACAAGUACAGCCAUCUGACAUCAACUGGGCUAUCAAUUUACGGCCUUUCAACCGAUUCACCCAAGGCAAAUACUACAUUCAGGUCCAAGCAAACCUUACCCUAUCCUCUCCUUUGCGACACCAGCGCUGUAUUGAUUAGCGCCAUUGGGUACAAGAAAGCACCAAAGGGUACUAUCAGAGGCGUCUUCUCAGUAGAUAAACAAGGUAAGGUCUUGCUUCGCCAGGCCGGCGGUCCGGAUGCAACAGUCGAUGCUGUACAGAAACUGGUGCAGGUCGAAGGAACCCCGAAAACGGAUGUUGAAACACAGACCAAGAAUGAGAAUUAGAGGGGAAAGGGAAUUGAGGAAGAAGGAGGGGGGAAGGUAUUAAACAAAUCCCUGAACUAGCUCAUGGCUUGUUCUGCAUCCAACAUAUAGUAUCCUUGGGUACUCCAGUGUGAAAUUGACCAGAUAGUGGUCUCCUUACAUUGUUCAGUAAUAUCCUGACCUUUAGCUUUAAGUAGAUCUGACGUCUGUUAACAAUGCGGUGUUUAUAAUAAUGUGGAUGGUAACUAGAUUAGAAUGCUUAGAAUUCACUGCAUGCCUGUUCGCUGUAAUGAGAUUCCGUGUCGGGUGGAAAUACUAUUGUUCCGUUUAUAGCGUCGGCUAUCAGCG